UUUUAGAUAUCCACUGGUUGUGUAGUAGGAUGGUGGCUCCACAUUUUCUGUGUGCUCUGCUGCUGUUGGUGUCACUUGGUGCUGGAGCUGAAGAUGAUCCAAUACAGCCUACAAGGAAUCCUUGUUCUAACUGGAUGGGGGGAGUACCUGGAUCCCCCGGACAUAAUGGACUACCAGGGAGAGAUGGCAGAGAUGGGAAUCAUGGUGAAAAAGGGGAUAUAGGAAAUAUAGGUGAAAAAGGACAACAAGGGGACGUGGGAAUCCAAGGGCCUCCAGGAAAUGAAGGGCCACGGGGCUUCCCAGGAGCCCCUGGGAUAAAAGGAGAGAAUUCAUUCCUUCAACGUUCAGCCUUUAGCAUGGGUCUGGCUACAAAAGUGCUAAUCCCCAAUUCACCUAUUCGAUUUACUAAAGUCUUCUAUAAUGAGCAAAAUCACUAUGAUGCAACAACAGGACUAUUUCGGUGCUCCUUUGCUGGGCUCUAUCAGUUCUCAUACCAUCUCACUGUCUACACGAAGGAUGUCAGAGUUGGAUUAUAUAGAAAUAACAAGCCAGUAAUGUUUACCUUUGACCAGUUCCAGACUAACAACGUGGACCAGGCAUCUGGCUCCAUCCUUCUCCAUUUGGAUGUUGGAGAUGAGGUUUCAUUGCAGAUUUAUGGAGAUGAAAAAUUCAGUGGUAUUUAUGGAGACAACCUCAAUGACUCUCUCUUCUCUGGUAUACUUUUGUACCCAGAUCAAGAACAUAUGUCAAUUUCUAAUGGUGGUCAAGGUAGAAACUGAGACUCUGUCCCUGAGACAUGCUCAUCUACUUAAGCAAUGAAGAAAAUGGAUGGAAGGAUAUUCUACAAUGGGAGGGGUAAAGAAGGAUACAACAUUUAUUGUAUAAGGGAAAACACACAGGAAAAAAAUAUAUUAUCUAAUAAGUGCAUUAUGCUCUUGACAAUAUGUAUAUUAGAUGUAGUAUUACUUUAUAUUAAUCACUGAAAAUAUGCAAAUAAACCCCAAUAAUAUAAUCCAUAAACAUUUGCACAAGCUGCUAAGCAUUAAGAUAAAAUAAAAAGAUAGUAACAGUUACUACAACUGUGCAAUAAACAGGAAAUCUAAGCAUAUUUACUUGAUCAUUUAAGUUACACCAUUUUAAAUUAACAUAUUGAUUUUAAAUAACCCUCCUUUAUAUUGAUGACAAAUAUGCUCAUAUCCCUAUAGCUUCUGUACACAAUCAUUCUACUGGUCCAGUAAAAUUUGUCACUACUAUCACAGCUACCAGCAUGAAAAUAUGGUCUAUGUACAAAUGAAUAAAUUAUUCUCAUAAAACUCAAA